GAGGAUAUUUAGCAGAUGUGGGCCACUUCUAUUCAAAUGAAUGGGUGAAUUGGAACGCUCAAACAAAGAGCUCUGAGCGCUCAACGGAUGUAGAAAAGAAGUCCCGCCUUAAAGUUAAAAGAGCCAAUUACAUUUUAAAUACAGACAUCAACUGUCAAUCAGCUCUAGAACGCAAUGCGCAUUAACUAUUAACCGUGUUCCCCCAUUCAAGUAGAUUUCGCAUGACUGGAAAUAGCCUCCCGAGAGGGUUCCAAAAAUACCCGACAGUGGACUGACUCGCUAGAGGGACUUUGGACUUUGUUCGAGUGUCAGCGGCCUCUUAUGAGAGUUCACUUCACUGUCGGUCUACUGUUGAUUCAGAAGAACAAUGCGAGUCACAGCAGUGUCAAGCUUUCCGAAGGUCCAGGCAGUGUUGACCAAUGCUGCUUCAGGACUAGAGGACUUCAAAGCUUACUCUGUCUUCCAGGAGAUCAAUAAGAAGCUGCAAGAGGACGGAGAGCAAUUUGUGAAGAAGAUCGGAGGCGUGUUUGCCUUCAAGGUGAAGGAGGGGCCGGGUGGGAAGGAAGCGACCUGGAUUGUUGAUGUGAAGAAUGGGAAAGGCUCUGUUGACAAUGAUAGCGGAAAGAAAGCCGACUGCACCAUUGCCAUGGCCGACUCUGACCUGCUGGAUCUCAUGACGGGAAAGAUGAAUCCACAGACUGCAUUCUUUCAGGGCAAACUGAAGAUCACUGGAAACAUGGGCAUGGCCAUGAAACUUCAAAACCUGCAGCUACAGCCUGGCAAAGCCAAGUUGUGAGAGGCUCCACCUUCUGUGGGUGGAGUUUUGAAGGGCUCCUCCUGUAGUUUUAAAUCUAUUAGUGUACAGUGGUGGCCAAAAAUAUUGGCACCCUUGGGAAAUAUAAGCAAAGAAGGCUCAUAAGAAAAAAAUCUGCAUUGUUUAUCUUUUUGAUCUUUCAUGCAAAAAUAUAGCCAUUAAUUGAAGUAAAACAAUUGAAAGAGGGGAAAUAUUUUUCUCAAAACACGUUGGCCACAAUUAUUGGCACCCCUAGAAAUUCUUAUGAGUAAAAUAUAUCUAAAGUAUAUUCCCAUUCAUAUUUAAAAAUUUUCAGUGCACCUGUCUAGGAACAUUAAAUUGUUCAGCCAUGACUUCCUGUUUCCCAGGGGUAUUCAUAUGAGUUGACACACAGGCCAAAUUCCCUUUAUCAUCAAUCACAAAUCAUCAGUGGGUUGGACUCAAGAAUAUAGUUUUGAUGUAUGGCAAGAGGUUGUUGAAAUUCACAAAAUGGGAAGAGCUUUAAGGAAAGAGCUAAAGCAUUAAAAAUACGCAUUUCCACCAUCAGGGCCAUAAUUAACAUGUUCCAAUCAACUGGAGAUCUUAAGAAUUGGCCUGGAAAAGGACGUGUGUCUAUAUUGUCUCCACGCACAGGAUUGAUCAAGAGGCCAAAAAAUCUCCAAGAAUCACAGCUGGAGAAUUGUAGAAAUUAGUUGGGUCUUGGGGUCAAAGUUAAAAAAAAAAAUAUAUAUAUAUAUCAGACAUCACCUAUAUUACCACAAGCUGUUUGGGAGGGUUUCAAGAAAAAAGCCUCUCCUCUCAUCCAACAACAAACUCAAGCAUCUUCAGUUUUCCAGACACAACUGCAACUUCAAAUGCGACGGGGUUCUAUGGUCAGAUGAAACAAAAAAAGGGCUUUUUAGCAGCAAACACCAGAGAUGGGUUUGGCACACACAGAAAGAAGUACCCAAUGCCCACAGUUAAAUGUGGUGCUGGAUCUUUAAUGUUGUGGGGCUGUUUUUCUGCCAGAGUUCCUGGACAUCUUGUUCGGAUACAUGGCAUCAUGGACUCUAUCAUAUACCAACAGAUAAAAAAUAAAACCUGGCUGCCUCUGCCAGAAAGCUUAUAAAGGGCCCUGGCAGGAUAUUCCAGAAGGACAAUGAUCCAGAACAAACACAAUCAUCACAAACAUGGUUCACUGACCACAAAUUCAAGUUUCUGCCAUGGCCAUCCCUGACCUGAACCCCACAGAAAAUGUGUGGGGUGACCUGAAGAGGAGAGUCCACCAACAUGGACCUCUGAAUUUAAAGGAUCUGUAGAGAUUCUGUAUGGAGGAAUGGUCUCAGAUCCCUUGCCAGGUGUUGUCCAACCUCAUUAGGUAUUAUAAGAGAAGACUCGGAGUUGUUAUCUUGGCAAAGGGAGGUGCCAAUAAUUAUGGCCUUUGCGUUUUGGAGAAAAAUUUAAUAAUGAGAUAUUUCCCAUGUGUUUUACUUCAAUUAAAGGUUACAUUUUUGUGAUUUGAGAUUUUUGUCACAGCCUUCUUUACUCAUAUUUACCAAUGGUGCCAAUAUUUUUGGCGACCGCUGUAGCUGCACAGGAUCAGAAACUAAUGUGUGUUUCUGUGCUGUAGUGUUCAGCUCUCUCUAACAAGUUUAAGGAACAGUUUACCUAGAAAUAAAAUGUGGUCAUUAUUUACUUGCGCUCUUGUUGUUCCGAACCCAAAUGCUGUUUUUUUCUCCCCCGUUGAACACAAAAGGAGAAUUUUAAACGUCAGCUCUUUUCCAUGUAACAACAGUAGUGACCCCGUCUGCCAAGCUCCAAAAAGGAGGGAAAGAUUAUCAGUGAAUAAUGACUCAGGUUUGUGUCUGUUCCUCUCUUAAAGCUAUCGUAUGGCUUCAGAAGUGUUUUUGGUCAUUUUUUGUUCCACAGAAAAAAUAACAGCAUAUGGGUUGGGAACUACAUGCGGGUGAGUAAACGAUGACAGAAUUUUCAUUUUUGAGUGAACUAUUCAUAUAGUUAUGAAUAAGAACACCCUGAUAGAGGUACACAGAAGAUGUGCUAUGUAAUUAAUACGGCUCUUAAUGAGAUCUGUUUGUAAUUGAUAUAGUUUGCUUAUAACUGGCCACCCAUAGCGGUGUUUAAACGCUGUGUGUUCGCUCAGCAGUAGCAGAUUGGAAGUUAAGGAUGUUAAAGUGCCUACAGGGUAUGUUUGUGUGUGUUUGAACGAAUCCUCAUCUAUCAACACAAAUAUACAGCAUGGUACCAUGCUUUGUUAAAAUGUUAAACAGCAAUGAAUUCCUUCAUCUUUAGUUAUUGCAGAUCUUGUUACAUAUCAGUGAAAGGACAUGCCUUCAUAGGACAAUUUUAACUGGGAGUAUUCAUCUGUGAUUUCUAAGUGUUUCCCUGUAUGCGUGUCUCUGUAUGCACAUCUCAUUCUUGAAUUCUGCCCACAAGAUAUUAAAGUCUAAAGUUAUUUUGUACUAAAUAAACAUCUUU